UAAAACAUGGGAUAAAACUUGGUUCCACUGCUUUGUUCAAUCAAAAUCACUGCAGGAAACAUAAGUCAACCACAAGUCCUCAUCUUCUCUUGCAACACCCCACUUUUAUUUGACUUUUUUUCUCUUGUUCAUGUCUCAACGAGGAUCCAAUCCAGAUGGUAACACUCAGGCCAGCAGGUUUAUCAAUGAAUUCCCAGUGUUCAUGAAUCAGAUCGACUUAUUAAUAGCAAAAUACGAGAAGCUGGUUGACACUGAAGCAACUCAGCUGGAUGAGAUCAAUAGUUUGAAAGUCAUGGUUGCGGACAAAGAUGAAAAAAUUCGCAUACACGAACAACUGUGCCGUGAGCUUCAGAAAGAGGCGAACGAAUUGAAGGCGAAUUUAGAGAAAACCAAGAAGGAACAUGAUGUGAAGGUAUCUGAGCUCGAGGAAAAGCUCAAGGCCAAGGAAAAGGAAGUAGGCAAAAUGAUCAAUAAGGUUGAGGAGAUGGCUAACUCGAUGACUUGGGAAAAGCUAAGAAGCUUGAACUUACGCUCGGGUCCGCAGUUGGAUGACAGCCCAAAUACUCGUAGAUCAAGAUCUAGGGAUAGGUAUAAGGAUAAGAGUCGAUCUCCAAGUAGGGUGGGGCGUUGUUCAAGAUCUUCAAGCGAGAGCGAAGAUGAUUACAGAAACGAACUGCGGAAAACAAUGUGGCCUGGAAAACGACGAAAAUCGAAGUCUAAGGAUAGAGGCAGAAGUAGAUGACCCCUACGGGCUACGGUUUUCAUGAGGUGCUCCCUUCCUUUAUUACCUGUCUCUGUAUGUUACAUAAACUGUGUGAUGGAAAUCACAAUGGACUUCUUUCUUAUAUAUUUCAUGUUCUACACUGACUAUUCAGUAAUUGAUAUUUGAGAUUUGGAUAUUGCAAA